CGCCUAGUCAGUCCAAGAAGCACCAGGCGAGAGCGUCUGCUCCGGAUAUUGUGUCCACACCACCCCCACACGAUUUCCCUUUUGGUGCAACAUUAUCUGCAUCAAGCGAAAUAAGAAUCUGAUUCAAGCUCCUCAGGUUUUCUUUCAUUAUACGUAAGUUUUGAACUGACUCGUCCAGUUGAGGCCAUGCCCAACUGGAAAGUGGGCUAGCUAUGAAGCCUUUGAGGCUAAUGACGAUUAACCCCCACCACAGAUGGAAAUUUCCACCUUCCACAUGACUUACAUUUCAGCCAUCAUGACACUAUGGGAGAUACUCACAUUCAUCAUCUUACAAGCCUUGGUAAUGACGAAGGCUUUCCGCAUAGUCAUGCUUGAUGUUCCCUCACCGACCAUAUUAGGAGAAUCUGUCGAAUUGACAUGUAGUUACGAACUGGAUAACGAACAACUGUAUUCUGUCAAAUGGUAUAAGAAUGAUGUCGAAUUCUACCGUUACGUUCCAAAUGACUGGCCACCCGGACAGUUUUUACCGCUUCCUGGAAUAAGAGUGGACCUGUCAAAAUCCAAUAAAAACUCCGUAUAUCUUCGUCAUGUGGAUUUGAAUUCCAGUGGAAUCUACCGCUGUGAAAUUUCAGCCGAGGCCCCGUCCUUCGACACUGCAGAAGCUGAGAAAGAGAUGAAAGUCUUUGUUCUCCCGUCCGAAGGACCAACCCUGACCGGAGGCAAUCAGGAAUAUCGUAUUGGCGACACUGUAGUUGUGAACUGCACAUCCGCCAAAUCGAAACCAGCUGCCACCCUGCGCUGGUACAUAAAUGAUGAACUGAUAACGAAAGAAAACAAUGCGCCUACGACGAAUCCCAGAGUCGCGGCCUCAAAUAUGCUGAAAAGUGAAAAUCUCAAAAAAGUGGACUUCACUCAAUUUAAUGCAGAGGUCGGCCCAGAAUACGAGACGGAAUAUUCAACCACACGACAUGCUGAUGGAUUAGAGACUUCAAGUCUGGGUCUCAAGUUUGUUGUAACGAGCAAGCACUUUCAGAAUGGAAACAUGAAACUCAAAUGCACGGCUACGAUUUCCCGCAUCUACACCAUGAGUAAUGAAGAAAUGGUAUUUGGUGGAAGACAACAGACAUCUGGACUUCAUAUUAGCGAAAACAUGAGUCGCAUGCGCGAUUCAGCAACUCAGAACCCUGCCGUUAGGUGGACAGUGGCCCUCCUUGCUUCGUGUUGUCUCUUGUUGUAUAAGUCAUAGAUUCACUAGAAUGUUUUGUACAACGUACAACUUACGUGUUUGUAAAAAGUUUCAAUACUCAAAUAAAUAAAUAUAUAAAUAUAUCUAUAAAUAAAUCUAUCUCUAUAUAUAAGCAACCUUAGUUAUUAUGUAUUGCUUGUGUAAUUUUGAUACAGCGGAAACGAAAAAAAAAAGCAAUUAUUAUUAUCAUUUGUUCAGUUGUUAAUGUAAUGGUUUUGGCAAAAAGCAAAUUGAUGUGGGUCCAUUCAGCUUCAGCUUCACCACCGACAGUUAUGCAGCUUUAAUAGAGUUUUUUUUUUAGAUAAUAGAUGUAUUAGAUGCUAAUAUUUGUGUUUUUUGGAUGACAUUCAUUUAUAAAUCAAAGACAGGGAUUUCAACAAUGUGAAAACUGAUUUUAAUGUGGAACACUUUUCAA